AGAAUCUCGUGUGUAAUAUCAGUUUAUUCAAGAAUUUACCACCACAGCCAGCCGUUAUCUUUAUUGAUGUUUCCUUGCAACCCUGGACACCUUUCUACGUUGAGGAUUAGAUCCGAACUUAUCCAGUUUGUACCCUUUGUGUGACAAACAGACACGAUCGGUGUCCGACUUAUAAAUUCAAGUUUAACGAAUGUGAAGACAGUGUGUAAGAGAUCUUUGGAGAAGAAGAACGAAUAUAACUAAAAUAAAAUAUAUUUCUUCCAUACUUAAUCAUAAUUAAAUUAACGAAAAGUUAAUUAAUUAAAUACGCUCUAAGCGCCGUACUAAAUUGUUAGCACAAAGUGUAGAUCGGAACGUUUGCUAUAAAUAUUUUUGUAGGCGCUUUCAAUUAAGAUUAUUAUGGCUGCAGCAAGAAUUUACAACAUUGUUUUAAGUGUUUUAUUGCCUGUAAUGUUUUCUAACACAUGUGAAGCAAUAAAAUGUUUCGAGUGCAACAGCCACAACAACUCGGCAUGCCUCGAGAUGCACGUGCCGAAGAUGCACGCCAUCAUACCGGUGGUCGAGUGCAAGGACAGGCUGGACAACACCAUCGACAAGAAGGAGUUUUUCUGUAGGAAGAUUACGCAGACUAUCUUACAUCCAGACCAUACUCCCGAGGUCCGCAUCACCCGAGGCUGUGGCUGGGUGAAGAGCAAGCGAGCCUGCUACAAAGCUGACAACAUGGACCACUUGGAAACUGUCUGCCAAUGCUUCGGGGACCUCUGCAACGCGGCAACCACGCUAGAACACGUCAAACUGACGGUUUUAGCAACCGUUGCCACUUUUCUCGCUGCGUUCAAAACAUGGCGGGGGACUGUUUGAAUUCUGAACACGUCAAACUGACAGUUCUAUCAACUGUUGCCAUUUCUUCUCGCUGCGUUCAAAACAUGGCGGGAUAGUGUUUGAAUAAUUAUAGAACUCGGUGUUUAUG